UCUGAGUCAUUCUCGUCUAAGACAGCGUAGCGAGAAGGCUCUCCCGUCUAACUUUAUCGCAGCCAGACAUCACGCACGUGUCAGUUAUUUUCCGUAAAUGUUGGUAAUUUAUUGUUAUCGUAACAUUGUAAGUGGUUAACGUUAAGUUUAUACGGUCGAGAACGUACGCAGAAACUGACCAUGAUAGCUGCGGGCAUGUUCGAAAUUCUCUGUGUCUGCGUGGUGAUCUUAUACUUACUUUAUUAUUAUUUGACCGCUGACUUCGACUAUUGGACGUCGCGCGGAAUCAACGGGCCAAAACCCGUUCCGUUCUUCGGCAAUGCCACUGAAUUUAUGCUGGGUAAGAAGUGCUUGGGUGAUUUCUUCACCGACAUUUACAAGCGAUACCCGAAAGAGUCCAUGGUGGGUGUGUUCGUGAGAGGAAAGCCCGUGCUGAUCUUGAGGGAUCCCGAGUACAUCAAACAGGUGCUAAUCAAGGAUUUCGCAAUCUUUGCCGAUCGACAGGCGAUGGUUUAUGAAAAGGCCGAACCCUUGUCCCUGCACCUCUUCAGGAUCGACGCUGCUAGAUGGCGGCCAUUAAGAAUGAGGCUCUCGCCCAUCUUCACGUCCGGGAAGUUGAAGGACAUGUUUCACUUGUUGCUGAACUGUUCCGAACACUUCGAGAAGUAUCUGCACGAGAUAGUGUCUAAGGAUAGUGUCGUCGAGUGCCGGGAUCUAACGUCCAAAUACACCGUCGACGUGAUCGGAUCGUGCGUUUUCAGCCUCGAAAUGAACGCGCUGAAAGAAGAGAAUAAUCAGUUCCAGACAAUGGGCCGUAGGAUCUUCCGCUCCACUUUUAAGGUAUUUUUUAGAAACAUGCUCAGGGAAUUACCGUGGCUGUUCAAGCAUGUCGGACAUAUCCUGGAUGAUCAUGACAUAGUCAACUUCAUGACGGAGCUUACCCAGAGCGCUAUAGAGCACAGGAAGCGGAACAAUGUGCGCCGCAACGAUUUCAUCGAUAUACUUGUCGAUCUCAAGGAUAAUCCCGACAAGCUGGGCGUUAACAAUGUAACGGAUCCGUUCCUUGCUGCCCAAUUGUUCGUAUUUUUUGCGGCUGGCUUCGAGACAUCUUCUAGCACGAUGACUUAUGCAAUGUACGAGUUGGCGCAAAAUCAAUCAAUUCAGGAAACAGUUCGAGAGGAGAUUAAGGAAGUCUUGAACAGUAGUGAUGGAGUAAUAUUAUACGAUGACAUCAAGAAGAUGAGCUAUUUGGAUAAGGUCUUUCAAGAGACUCUUAGGAAAUAUCCACCAGUAAUGCAUCUCACGAGAAAACCUGUAAAAAAUUAUACUUUCGAGGGGACCAAGAUCAGUCUACGCAAGGGACAGCAAGUGAUUAUACCCAUAACUGCCAUUCAAAAUGAUCCGGAUAUUUAUCCAGACCCGGAGGUUUUCGAUCCUGAACGAUUUAGCGCGAUAAACGUGGAACAGAGGAAUUCCAUGUACUAUCUGCCUUUCGGAGAUGGUCCGAGAAACUGUAUCGGUGCGAGGUUUGCCAUUAAUCAGACGAAGAUCGGUCUAAUCAAAGUGCUGACGAAUUAUAAAAUAGACGUUUGCGAAAAAACUCAGAUUCCAAUCGUCCAUGCUCCGCUAGGCUCUCUGAUGCUGCAAACAACACACGGCAUAUAUGUAAAAUUGACCAAGCUCGCGUAACACGACAAUUAUCACGUAAUUUGUAUAUAUUGUACUACAUGUAUACGUACAUCUAUAUAAUUGUAAGUUAAUUAAGCAGCGCAAAAUGAUAUAUAAAAGUAUCAUUCGCGUUUCAUUGUAACGCUCUUUGUAAUGUUGGAAUAAUGUUGGAACAUUGUUGGAACAAUUAAAUCGUAUUUAGAUAUAAUAGGCAUUGUCAAUCGUGAUACGUCCAGACGAUUCAAAAGACUCGGGCCUAUUCUUGCUAUGAGCUUUGUUUGUUCGUUAAUCGCAAUAUGGAUAAUGUUUUUUUUUUGUAAUAUUUUUCUCAGCUCCGUAUUAACUUUACACAAUAAACUUUAUAAUUGUAAGAGCAAAACCGCGCGUCGCUGUAUCGAUUUGACAUGUAUGCGAUACUAUGCGAAAUGUUAAGAAUGAUUAAACGAUAUUUGUGCAAUUGUAAAUUGUAAGAGUUAUCUCAUUCUUUCUGUAACUUUUUUCAUUAGAUAUGAUAAUUAUCGAUGAAUUAUUUGCGAUAAUAAUAAUUUCAUAAUGAAAACAGAUUAUACAUAUGUAUAAAUGUUUGGCUCACUAAUCUUUUAUAGACUUUAGAAUUGACUGAUGUAUCCUUUUUAUUACAAACAUCAAAUAAUAAAUAUGAGAUAAUUGCGUGUUAGAUAAUUAAUCGAGCAGCUCAGCACGCUGCGUAACAUUGAUAAUAAUAUUUUAUAAGAAUAAUUAAGGAGAAUUAUAUCAUUAUUGACGGCUAAAUAAUGUUUCAGGUUUAAAUAUAUCCAUUUCUGAUAUCCAUUUCAAAUAUGUUCCUCACUGUCAUUUCGUGCAUCAUAAAUAAUAUCAUUUUCGUAAUGACAUUUAUUUGAAUACACACAUGGUACUGUAAAUAGAUAAUGGUUUUUUGAUGCACUUGAAGUAUGGGCAUUAUGAGCAUAUAUGCAUAAAUAACGUAUAUGUGUAUGCAUAUCAAUUAUAGUACUAAUAAAACUGUAUGUAAAAGUAGUAUUA